AUGGCCCAGAAUCAGGCUCAACAGAAUGUUAUGAGAAGGAAACUCGUCAUCAUAGGUGACGGUGCCUGCGGCAAAACCUCACUGUUAUCAGUCUUCACGCUCGGCUACUUCCCUACUCACUACGUGCCGACCGUCUUCGAGAACUACGUCACAGAUUGCCGCGUCGACGGCCGGUCAGUACAGUUGGCCCUAUGGGACACGGCAGGUCAGGAAGACUACGAGAGACUGCGGCCUCUAGCAUAUGCGAAAUCACAUGUCAUUCUUAUCGGCUUUAGUGUCGACAGUCCAGACAGUCUCGAGAACGUACGGCAUAAGUGGAUCGAGGAAGCCCGUGAACGAUGUCCAAAUGUGCCUGUCAUUCUGGUCGGUCUGAAGAAGGACUUGAGAGAAGAUCCCAUCGCGAUUGAGGAGAUGCGCAAGAAGAGCCUGAGGUUCGUCAGUCCCCGAGAAGGGGCGGAGAUGGCCCAGCAAUGCGGUGCGCGGAAAUAUCUCGAGUGCUCGAGUUUGACCGGAGAAGGAGUGGACGAUGUCUUCGAGGCCGCAACCAGAGCUGCUCUCUUGACCUUCAACGGCAAACAAGGUGGAGGUGGAUGCUGUGUUAUUCUAUGA